UUCACACCAUAUCUAUCUCCCAGUUGCAUCAGUUUUGUCUCAGAGAACCACUUUUUUUUUUUUUUUUUUGUAACUGGAGAGAACCACUUUUGUCUCGAUCUUUUUUAGCGAUGUCGAUUCCUCAGGCCAAGAUGGAGCUUCGUCCUCUGGGAAACACAGGUCUCAAAGUUAGCUCCAUCGGCUUCGGCGCCUCUCCUCUCGGAAGCGUCUUCGGUCCAGUCGCCGAAGUCGAUGCCGUCGCCACCGUACGCGAGGCGUUCCGACAAGGCAUUAACUUCUUCGACACUUCCCCGUAUUAUGGAGGAACACUAUCGGAGAAGAUGCUUGGAAAGGGACUAAAGGCUCUACAAGUCCCUAGAAGCGACUACAUUGUGGCUACCAAGUGUGGACGUUACCAAGAAGGCUUUGACUUCAGUGCCGAGAGAGUAACAAAGAGCAUAGACGAGAGCUUGGAGAGGCUUCAGCUAGAUUACGUCGACAUUCUUCAUUGCCACGACAUUGAGUUCGGGUCUCUUGACCAGAUUGUGAGUGAAACAAUCCCUGCGCUGCAGAAACUGAAACGGGAAGGGAAGACACGGUUUAUCGGUAUCACUGGUCUUCCGUUGAGUAUUUUCACUUAUGUUCUUGAUCGAGUGCCUCCAGGGAGUGUUGAUGUGAUAUUAUCGUACUGCCAUUACGGUGUAAACGACUCGACGUUGUUUGAUUUGUUGCCUUACUUGAAGAGCAAAGGCGUGGGCGUGAUAAGUGCUUCUCCGUUGGCAAUGGGUCUCCUUACGGAACAAGGUCCUCCUGAAUGGCACCCUGCUUCCCCUGAGCUCAAGUCUGCUUGCAAAGCAGCUGCUGGUCAUUGUAAAUCAAAGGGUAAGAAGAUCACAAAGUUAGCACUGCAGUACAGCUUAGGAAACAAGGAGGUUUCAUCAGUGUUGGUUGGAAUGAGCUCUGUCUCACAGGUGGAAGAAAAUGUUGCAGCAGUUAGAGAGCUUGAAGGUGUGGGUAUGGAUCAAGAAACUCUGUCUGAGGUUGAAGCUAUUCUCGAGCCUGUAAAGAAUCAGACAUGGCCAAGUGGAAUCGAUCAAAAUUAAAAGCUCUCUUCGUUAUAUGUUUGUUCACAUUACUUCUUGGAAUGCUUUGAUGUGUCGGUAACAGUUUUAAGUUUUAAGUUGAGUUGAUACGGUCAAUAAAAUUUCUUAGGGUAUCAAAACAUCUUUCAAUCGGUUUCA